CCGAGCCGCGUACCGGCUGCAACACGGUAGCGCGUAAUUUCUCCGUGCGAGCGAGUGAGUGAUUUCCAGUUACGAGGUUCGGAGAUUCCCCAGUUUGUGCUGGCGUUUUUGGCAUCCUUUUGUUGUCCUGCAGCUGGUAAUCAUCGUUGGAUUCGAGGCAGCAAACUGCGGCUUUUUUUGGGGCUCCUCCCUUCUGUCAGUCGUAAUUUGCUCGCCAUUUUCCGCGUCCUGUCGUCGUGUCGCUGUGUGCGUGUGUGUUUUUGUUUCCGGCCUCGAAAUUUUCCGCGCCUGACGUUGGCCAUUUUUGGCGCCAGUUUUUUGCCGGGCUGCCGUAUUGUUUUUUCGCAAGGCACAGAGGGAGAGAGAGAAAGAGAACGAACUAGAGUCCUUCGAUCCAAUGCCAUAAAUCAAAUGGCAUAAUUGUGCGUGUGUGACCAGCGUCUAACGGGCAUCCUGCAUCGUUCAUCCGGCAUCCUACAGCGUUGCGUGCCACCGAAUCUCGAGUCUCUGGACCACAACAAGCGGACAGGUGGUCCACCUGGAGGGGGAGUUUGGCGGAUUAUGUCUUUAUAGGCCCGCCAGAGACAACAAAUCCCCGAACAAAUGAAGUGCCGGAGCAUUUGAUUAGAAGCAACGACUACUAAACGCACCCAAAAGCCGCUUAGUUUCUGUCCGUGUGUCUUGUGUUUUGGGCCAGCAGCAGCAGCAGCGACAGCAACAACAACACUUCAAGCUCUCCCCCGUAUCGAUUGCCUAAUACACAAUCUGCUAUGAAGGCAACGUCCAGCAGCACCCCGCCCAACACCAGCAGCAGCAGCAGCGCCGCCAGCAGCAGCAGCCAUCCCCAGGAGCUGUCCCUGGCAGCGGCGGCCGGGACGGCGCCCACCGCUGGGGGGGCGAGCACCUCGAAGCCGCACCGGCUGGCCAAGGUAUCGUUCGCACCGUUGGACAUCGGCGUGCCCACGGUGGCUACGUGAUACGCGAACACGAUGUCCCACCACAACAUCGUGUGCGAGUGGCUGCGCACCAUCGGGCUGGCCCAGUACGGGGAGAGCUUCCUGGAGAACGGCUACGACGAGCUGGAGAUCUGCAAGCAGAUCGGCGAGAUCGAUCUGGAUGCCAUCGGCGUGGACAAUCUGUCGCAUCGCGGCAAGCUCUUGAAGAGCGUCCGCAUGCUGCGCGAGAAGGGGGCGGCCAUUGUCUAUGUGCUCAUCAAUGACCCGAAGGCGCUCAGCAACAGCAACGAGAUCCUGGCCUCCGACUGUGAUACGCCCGUGACGAUGAAGGAGCUGGAGGCGGUCAUGAAGCGGCACCUCGAGGCCGAUGGCAUCCGCCUCACCGCCCACCCGUAUUCCACACCGGAGGGCAAACGUGGAUAUCUGGAGGGGCUGGCUGCCCACUACAGCAAGCAGAUCAACAUGCCGUACGAGGACGUGCUGGAUGCCAUCGAGCAGGUGCGCCUCUCCAAGUGGAAGGAGCGGCAUGUGCGCAUAUCCACGGGGCACACGCUCACCCGCCGCCUGGCCGGUGCCAGCAGCAGCAGCAGCAGCAGCAAUUCCGGCGGCGGACUGGUUAGCUCCUCCGUCCUGCCCACCAGCCACAGCCAGCCGCUGUAUGUGCCCGGCAAGUAUUUGCCCUCCAGCUGCCUGUCGAACCGCGAGGAGAACGAGAUCUACAGCUACACGCAAAACGAUUUGGCCAAUCGCAUGGCCCGCAAUGCCAUCGACUCCAAGUCGGCCCUCAAUCUGAAUGGGAUGCAGCACAGCUAUCCGGGCGCGCGGACCAAUUUCUUUUACGACUUUUCGGCAACAGAGGGUCGCAACAAGCACAAGCAGCGGCGCACGGUCUUUGCCCGUUUCCUGCAGGGCCUGCGGCAGAGCGGAGACGAACUGAACGCCACCGAGGGAAUGCAGCUGAAGACAAACGAGCGACUGAGGGCCUGCAGCACCAUGAAGCGACCUGAGCCACACCAGGACUUUGAGAAGACCAUUCAGAGACUCAAGACACAAAAGGCAGCCCAAAAGAAGCCCGCCAGCGCACCCAUGGACAUUGCCCUGCAUGAGCGGAACAAGGAGGUGGCCCUGGCCCAUGCCCACGUCAAUGAGAUGCCGCUGAAUAACUACACGAAGCAUCCCUAGGAUACGGCCCUAAGCAGCGCUGCUGCUUAAGACAUCGACAUACGCAAUCUCCCAGAUACCAGAUACCCCCAUGACAAACAGGCAUUGCAAUCAAUCUUUCAAUCAGGUGAUACACAUGUUAGGCAAGCAGGAAUCGGAGCAUAGGAAGAGGCUUAGAACUUAGGGAUAGGAUAAGUAAAAUAACGAAGGAGUCGGCAAUCGGUAAUCGGCUGACCAACGAAGCAAUAUACAGAUAAAUAUAUACCUUAGAUUAAGUCGAGUUUAACUUACCUCUAGAACUAAUUGAAUGACCUAGAACCUUACCUGAACGCCACCUGAACUCUCGCUCGUGUAUAGUCACCAUCUAGGAUAGGAACCCAGCUCCUCUCUCUCUAUAUAUAUGAAUCUCACUUUGUUUCGUUUGCACCCUUUCCAUGUGCCCCUGAACAUACACAUUCACAUUCCCACUCAACUCAAAAUCGCCCACAGAAUCAAUCAGGAUAUGCACUUGCCCCGAAGUCUAUCAACAAUUAUUUCGAAACACCCCGAGAAACACACACACAAACACACGCAGAGACAGUCUGCGAAUGCAGCGCCAACUCCGGAGGGAAAUGUUGACAAAACGCAAAAAUCCAACAAGCUUAACGCUAAAUCAACACUCAUACAGACAGAGAGGGGACACACGCACACUCACACUCACACACACACACAAACACGCAGCCUCCCACAAAUAGGGAGCCCGAGAGCGCCCGGCAAACUUGUGCUAACCGCAGACGUUGCACAGACAGACAGACACAGACGGACGGAGCGACAGACAGACUGUGGCAUUUCCGUUUCAACUUGGCAUUGCAUCGAUUUUGGUCUUUGGUUUUUCGGGUGGUGCGUGGUGCGUGGUGCAUGGUGCAGCUGCAGGCUGCAGGCGGCCUUUGCCAUUUGCCUUUUUUGCAUUUUAAUUGCAUGUUGC